AUGCUUGCUAAAAUAGUACCUGAUAAAUGCAAAUAUGAUGAACCAAUUUAUGAAAAAGAACUGAAUGAAGAGGAAGAACUUGAAGAUGAAAGGCAAAGGUUUCAUGAAGAAUGGUUGCUAAGAGAAGAAAAGGCUCAAGAAGCUUUCAAGAUCAGGAAGGAAAAAGAAGAGGCAGCCAGAAAACAUCAGGAGGAAGAAGAGCAAAAAAUAAAAGAAGAAUGGGAAAAGCAAGAACAGAAAGAACAAGAGGAAGAAGAUCGAAAACAACAAAUGAAGAGAGAAAGAGAGGAUGCCGUGCAGAAGAUGUUGGAUCAGGCUGAAAGUCAGCCGGAAAAUGGAAACUGGCACAAUCCUGAGCCCCCAGAGGAUAUAGGCACUGAGAAAGAUCGUGCUAAUUGCCCUUUCUAUAGUAAAACUGGAGCAUGCAGAUUUGGAAACAGGUGUUCCCGGAAACAUCAUUAUCCAAGCUCUAGUCAGACCCUUCUUGUCAGGAAAAUGUUUGUUACUUUUGGGAUGGAACAGUCUAGGAGAGAUGACUAUGACACAGAUGCAAGUCUAGAAUACAGCGAGGAGGAAAUUUAUCAGCAGUUCAUAGAUUUCUAUGAAGACGUACUUCCUGAAUUCAGAAAUGUGGGGAAGGUGAUACAAUUCAAGGUGAGCUGUAACUUUGAACCUCAUCUUCGAGGAAAUGUGUAUGUUCAAUAUCAGUCAGAACAAGAAUGUCAGAAAGCUCUCAGUUUAUUCAAUGGCCGGUGGUAUGCAGGGCGGCAGCUGCAGUGUGAGUUAUGUCCAGUAACAAGGUGGAAAUCAGCUAUUUGCGGUUUGUUUGAAAGGCGAAUGUGUCCAAGAGGGAAGCACUGUAACUUUCUUCACGCAUUCAAAAAUCCAAAUAAUGAAUUUUGGGAAGCCAACAGAGAUAUUCACAUUUCCACUGACUGGGCUAAAGAGGCAAGUAAAAACUCUGAAAGGAGAAAUAGAUUGGGGUACUAUGAAGAACAUUAUAGCAGAUCAAGAAGAAGGAACAGUCAAAGUCCCAAUCAUUCAUACAAAAGAAAUGGCGAAUCUGAAAGAAAAAAAUCUCAUCAUAAGCAUAAGAAAAGUCAUGUUUCUGAGAAAUUGGGCAGUCGUGGAAGGCAACAGUCACACAGUAAAAAGAAAAGACGGAAUCGCGACAGGAGCCUGACAUGUAGUCGUAGCAGAAGUCCAUCUCCUACAAGAAAUAGAGACAGAAAGACAUCUAGUAGCAAAGGAAGGAAUAGCUGAACUUGCUGGAGAAUUACUUUUAAGACUUGGAUGUGUUUUGAAAAAUAUUAUCUAUAGUUCUAUUAGAUCAGCUGUACAUUGUUGUGCCCUAAAAUAAAGUUGUUAUGCACUACCCUAUCUUAAAAGUUUUGCAAUAAAUUAUAAGAAAAAAUGAAAUACAUUUCCUGGGACUUGUUUAAUUAACGUGCUAUGAAAAAUGGAUGUUCUUUUUUUUAAUUCUUUAGCUAAAAUAAGUAUUGUGUUGCAAGUUAAACAACUGGAGCAACAAAAAUCUUUGGCUUACACUUUGUUUAUAAAUAAGUGCAUUAAAUAAGUCUACUAUACUUUCACGUUUGUACAAAAUUACAUUUUAAUUAUAUUUCCAUUCAGCACUCUCAAUACUACAAAACACCCUAAGAAAAACAGUACUUUGCUAGAAUCACCAGCAUCCAAUAUUAGCAUGCUUUUUCCAUCCUGCUGCUUUCUAAAUGUGAUGGUAUAUCUGACUGAGCUGGCCAUGGGAGUUGUCAGACUGCUGUAGAGUAUUAAAUUUGUGAAAAGCUUUCUUUUAUUCAGUCAUUUUAAGAUUAGCCAAAGUCAGCUUGGUGCUGCCACCUGCUGUGACCUGAACACAGGUAAUACCUGUGGAUUACAGUGGGCAUCUUUUCUACUUCACAGCUUUAAUUUUAAUAGAGCUGUGCAGUGUUUGCAGCAUGCUUCUCAAAUCAUUUCUGAAGCACUCUACUCCUUCAAAAAAAUAAGAGUUUUUGAAACUUUACAAAAGAGUUAUGAAUACCCACAUCCCCAAAAUGUUGAAUUCCUUUUUGUUAAGGAAGCAGAUGUGAAAUUUGGCUCAGAUUUAGUAACCCCACCUAUAGUAAAACUACUGCUUACAAAGCAACUACAAUUUCAUAUAUUGCAACAUUUUUUCUAAAUAAGUAUACUUCAUUCUAUCAUAAGACUAUAAAACUAGAAAAUGUAGAAAAUCAGAACGUGGUAUUACAAGAUUUAACAAAUUUUAUUAUAAGACAUAGAUUUUGCGAUUUGCACCUUUUUUCUUGAUUGAAUCAUUCUUCUGCAUUAAAAUCCUUUAUCAGGUAAGCUGCUGCAUUAUCUCAUGAAGUGACCUGUAGCUCACAAAAACUUAUAAUAAAAUUUUAAAAGAUGCUACAAAAGUCAUAUUUGGCUACCAUAAACUAACAUGGGUCUCAGCUGGCAAAUUUUUAUUUCAGUUUUCAGAAACUGGUAUCAGUAAGUUUAACAUUGCUUUAUUUCCAAAUAUGUAAAGCUUUAUCAUACACAUAUGGUCCAUAUAUUUAUCAUUGCAAUGGCUAGAUUACUUCCAUGCACUGGCAUAACAGAAAUGAGCUGACAUUUAGCAGCCCCAUACUUUUUAAAGAAAUUGUUAACUCAUUGCUACAAUGAUUUACAUGUCUUAAUAACUUACCUUUAAAAGAAGGCAAUAUUGGUAUAAAGUAGUCUGCUUACACAAACAUUCCAUAAGUUUUUAAAUACACAGGCACAGUACUGGAGUAAAAAUGGACAUUUAUUACAACUAAACCAAUGAGAUACUACACAGUUUACCUUACAUCACAAUGCUUUUUAAACAAACACACAAGGCAACAGUGGAGACCUUAAACACUAAAAUGUUUUUGACAUUUUAAAAUGUUAAGUAAUUCCUCCCUAUUUCAACCUCACACACAGCAAAUGGACCAUUCUAAUGCCUUGUGAACUUCAUUCUUCCAGUUCCCAUUAAGUUAAACAUAAGACUCCAGUGUAUGUAUUUCAUGUAAUCUUUACUAAUUCCAUAACGCUUCUAUUGGACUCAGUAUAAUGUUUCUGAUGUAGCAUAUUAAUGCAUUACAAUAUUUGAGAAUAUCAAUUAUAGCAAAUUGACCCACCAGAAGGCAAUUUAGUAGUUACAUUAUUGAAGAGGUCUACAUAUGAGAAAGUACACACAAGCAUAUGUAAAGCAACCUACUUCCAGAAAUAAAAUGCUCUGAACGAAGUUUGCUUCAAACGUAUUACAGUAUAUUUAGCAAAAU